ACCACAGCAAAACAAGUGUAAACACUAACAGACAUAAUCCAAGAGAAAACAAGCAAUAUAAGUGUUUUAGAAGGAAAGUCAGCAUUUAUUGUUCACUUUGAAGUCAAAUUCAGGAGAAAAAGAAGGAGCGACAGGUAAGACAAAUUAACUAGUUUAUUUGAAUGAAAUCUACAAGUGACCCUCAAGGUUGAGUGUGCUUUGUUGAAUUGGAAUUAACUUGACCUUAAGUUUUAAUGAAGAAUAAAAUAUAUUUGUUUUAUGUUACAAGUUGUAAUCAUUACUUAAGCUCCACACUGUAAACAUUCACAGUCUUUAUCUUACAGAAUUACGACCAAUGGAUAAUGUGUGUAUGUGUGUGUGUGUCUAUGAUUUGGUUUUAUUAAGGCCAGUGAGAUUUAUGACUAUAGAUUUCUAUCAUUCAUUAUGUGUAUCAAAUGUGUAUUGCUUCUUAAUAACAUUUUACUUGUGCAUUUGUAAUUUUUGCUGAAUAUGAGUCUGAUAAUAGAUACUGAAGAUUGUGUAGCAUUUAAAUUCUCUGUUUUUUAUGAUAUACAUUAAGGUCAGCCUUGUUAUAAUACACUAACAACCAGUUAAUAUUUCACGUUGAAACAAAUUGCAAAAGAGAAAGCAGUAACUGGGUCUGCAGGUGAAUUUUUACUAUGUUUGGCAUUUUAAAUAGAGGACUUGUUGGUUCACUGUGCCUUAGCACAUGGAUAUAGGCAUGUUGUGUCCUGUACACAUCGUGACUCAAAGCCGCAGUCCUCACAGAUCACAACAAAGACAAGAGGCAAAUAGCUGCACUUCCCUGCUGUCUGUCUUCCAUGUGACCAACAUGCAACUAUAAAUAUGCACCGGAGACAUCCCAUGAUUCUGAUUCUGCUGCCAGUGCUCAUUCAGUCCUCGUCCAGAUCAUCUGCUUGGUCUCUGUUGUUGUUGGUGCGUCGCUGAUGGCUUGGUACCUCAACAAAACCCGGGUCACUCACCUGGGGUCAAAGCGGCUCCGGUUACUAUACAAGAUGAAGUAUCUGCUCACAAACAUCAGAAAUGUUUCUCACCUUGUCAGGAGGCCUCAUAGGUCAUGUCAGAGUAUCUGCUCCUCUCAGUCUACAAGGAGAAUCCCUCCCAAAUCUCAUAGAUCAAAGACGACUAUAAGAUAUUUUGGAACAAUUAGCAGUAAUAUGAAAUAUGACAAUGUAUUUGGCCUUCAGAUGUAUCGAUUAUAUUCAACCUCCAGUAGAGAGACUUCCAAAGCAGAAGCUCCCAUUGGAAUUUACCAGCACAACAGGACUACUUUUCAGCUGCGCUUACUUGGACUGAGAUUAGGAGAGUCUUUUAAUCAUCUCUCCAGACACAUAAACUUGUACUUUAAGCAGAAACAGGUAUAUGUGGUAGAUCAUGGGCAAGGUGGAAUGAUGUCUGCAGUGCAGGAACCGCUUACCAGAGCAUCAAGACGAGUUAAACGUGAGAGACGCACUGCAGAGUCCAGAGCUUUUAUAGGGACACCUGCCACUGAGCAGGUCUCUGAAUCAUCCUCACAUCAACCUUUGACCUCAACCUAUCCUGGACUACAGUUGUUCCACAUCAGUUCCUUGGCAAACAGAUUUGGGGAGAGUUACAGCUAUGUGGCCAAUCACAUUAACUCUGUAUUCUCUAGAAAUCCAGCACAGCAAAUUCAUAUGGCGGUAUCACCAGAUGAUGGGCUCAAAAGAUUUAGAAGCAGAAAGCAAAGAGUUAUGGGUAAUAAAAGUGCUCUUUGUAGGGAAACUGCGCAAACUCAGCAAAACAUUAGUAUGGGUACAAGACCAGAGAUUGAUAACAAUGUAUCUAGUUCCUGGGAUGAAGGAUAUCUCCAUUUUGCCCGUCACAUCAACCAAUACUUUGGCGCAAAAGUAGAGGACACUGUUGAGAAAACAGCACAUACUGAGAUCUUGAAGACUUCAGUUUCACUGGACUCUCUAAAUAAACCUAAAGAUCCACUUCCUCAGCCCAAAUCCCCAGGAUUGUUCCACAUGAGCAGCCUCACCACACGCUUUGGGGAAAAUUACACUUACAUGGCCAAUCACAUAAACCGGUACUUUAAAGGAUCUGCAGCUUCAGAGAAUGAGGAGGGAGACGGAGAGUUAAACCUUUACAGAGGUUCGCCGGAGUACACUGUGAUCUGGGAAAAAACAUCCUUUUUUGAGUGUCUGCUAAAACCCUCCACUAUACCUGGUUUUGUGGGCAGCUACCUGGGAAUGGGCUCUUCCAGGCAAAGUGACCAGAACACAACUGUAACAAGGACCCCAGAGGAAAUUCGGGAUAAAACAGAUUUAAGGAGGAGAAAGGCAGAUGAGUUGACUAGAGUUCUACUGAAGAGACUUGAAGAGGCUACAGUAAUGUCAACUAUCACUUCCUGUGUGGAGGAGCUGAACGCUCACCUCUUUCAGCACCCAGCAUGCAAGGCUGUGAUGUGGCAGGAAAAAGCAGCACUGCAGCUGCUUAGAUGCCGUCGGACCUUUUGGAUGGAUGAAAAACUUCAAGAAGCCAUCAGGGAAACUCUCGCUCUGAUUGGUUAUGUGGAUCAGGUCAGAGGUCACGGGAUCAGGGUGCUUUCCAUUGAUGGAGGUGGAACCAAAGGGUUAGUUUCACUUCAAGUGCUAAAACAGCUGGAGGCUCAAACAGGAAAACGAGUGUAUCAGCUCUUUGACUAUAUAUGUGGAGUCAGCACAGGAGCAGUUCUGGCUUUCAUGUUGGGUCUAGCUCGUAUCUCUUUAGAUGAAUGUGAAGAGAUGUAUCAUCGUUUCGGCUCAGAUGUUUUUCGACAAAACCCCCUGGUUGGUACUGUGAAGAUGGGCUGGACACACUCCUACUACAACACAGAAACAUGGGAGAUGAUCUUAAGGGAGAAGCUGGGGGAAGAGAUUUUAAUUAAAACAGCCAGAGAUGAGCUGAGCCCAAAGGUGUCUGCUGUAAGUGCAGUAGUGAACUGGGGAAAGAGUCCCAAAGCAUUUAUCUUCCGCAACUAUAACCAUGCCCCAGGACGACUGAGCCGCUAUGCUGGAGGAUCAGGAUACCGGCUGUGGCAGGCCGUCCGGGCCUCAUCUGCUGCUCCAGGAUAUUUCCAGGAGUUCCCUCUUCAUGGCGACAUACACCAGGAUGGUGGUCUUAUCCUCAAUAACCCUUGUGCUCUGGCUGUCCAUGAAAGCCGACUGCUGUGGCCCAGCCAGGGCUUCCAGUGUGUGCUGUCACUGGGAACUGGUCGCUAUGAUAAUGCUAGAAGAGGGCCUGCAACCUCCACAAGUCUGAGAGCCAAAAUCAGCAACCUGAUCUGCAGCGCCACCGAUACUGAGGGUGUUCAUACUCUAUUGGAUGACCUCUUAUCACCGAAUGUGUAUUUCCGCUUUAACCCGAUGCUGAGCUCAAACGUGACACUGGAUGAAAGCAGACCUGAAGUGCUUCAUCAGCUGCAGAAAGACACACAGCUGUACCUGGACCGGAACCGACCCAAACUGGAGCGCCUGUGUGAAGUGCUGAUGACAGAACGCUCAGCAAUCUGGAAAACGCGGGACUGGAUCGGUGGGAAAGCGUGGGAGCUGCAGCAGCGCUGGGCUUGAGUGGACUUUACACAGUGCUGAAGAGAAAUCAGUUGAAUGAAUGUCAUUAUGUGGAUGAAAGCUAUACUAGACCAUCAUUAAAUUCUGAAGAUAUGUCCUUACUGGUCUGAUUGUGAACGGCUGUGUUUUGACAAGUUACAAAUCAUGUUAGAGAAGUUACAAAUCAAAUACACAGCCAUUUUACACUGAAUGUUUUGAGCACUUAUAUGCCAAUGUAAAUUCUGUGUGAAUGUCAAUAUUUAUAGACUGAUGUAUUUAUUUCUGUUUCAAUUUUUCAGAUUUAUGAAAUGAAAUAAAACUAAGAGCACUACCUCUAUAUAA